AUGAGCAUCAUGGAAGUGACUAAAUGCAUGUUCUUCAUGGAUGAUCCUGAACCUAAAGUGACCUGGGAUGCCGUGACCUAUAAUGAUGUGCACAUCAACUUCACUAAGGAGGAGUGGGCAUUGCUGGAUCUUUCACAGAAGAAUAUCUACAAAGAUAUGAUGCUGGAGACAUAUAUGAACCUCACUACUAUAGGAUACAAUUGGGGAAAUCUUGAAGUUGAAGAACAUUGUCAAAGCUCUCAAAGACAUGAAAGACCUGAAAGAAGUCAAAUUGGAGAGAAACCAUAUGAAUUUAAUCAAUGUGGUAAAGCCUUUUCUCAUCAUAGUACUCUUCAUUUGCAAAAAAGAAGAUAUACUAGAGAGAAACUCUAUGAACAUAAUCAGUGUGGGAAAGCCUUUGCACAACACAGUACUUUUCAAGUGCUUGAAAGUACAGAUAUUGGAGAGAAACUGUAUGAAUGUAAUCAGUGUGGUAAAGCCUCUGCUCAAAACAGUGUUCUUCAAAGGCAUGAAAGAACACACACUGGAGAGAAACCCUAUAAAUGUAAACAGUGUGAUAAAUCCUUUGCAGAUUAUAGUCAUCUUCAAAGGCAUGAUAGAACACAUACUGGAGAGAAACCCUAUGAAUGCAAUCACUGUGGUAAAGCCUUUGCAGCUUACAGUCACCUUCAAAGGCAUGAAAGAACACAUACUGGAGAGAAACCCUAUGAAUGCAAUCACUGUGGUAAAGCCUUUGCAGAUCACAGUCACCUUCAAAGGCAUGAAAUAACACACACUGGAGAGAAACCCUAUGAAUGUAAACAGUGUGAUAAAUCCUUUGCACAUAACAGAUAUCUUCAAAGGCAUGAAAGAACACAUACUGGAGAGAAACCCUAUGAAUACAAUCACUGUGGUAAAGCCUUUGCAGAUCAUAGUCACCUUCAAAGGCAUGAAAGAACACACACUGGAGAGAAACCCUAUGAAUGCAAUCACUGUGGUAAAGCCUUUGCAGAUCAUAGUCAUCUUCAAAGGCAUGAAAGAACACAUACUGGAGAGAAACCCUAUGAAUGCAAUCACUGUGGUAAAGCCUUUGCAGAUCACAGUCAUCUUCAAAGGCAUGAUAGAACACAUACUGGAGAGAAACCCUAUGAAUGCAAUCACUGUGGUAAAGCCUUUGCAGCUUACAGUCACCUUCAAAGGCAUGAAAGAACACAUACUGGAGAGAAACCUUAUGAAUGCAAUCACUGUGGUAAAGCCUUUGCAGAUCACAGUCACCUUCAAAGGCAUGAAAUAACACACACUGGAGAGAAACCCUAUGAAUGUAAACAGUGUGAUAAAUCCUUUGCACAUAACAGAUAUCUUCAAAGGCAUGAAAGAACACAUACUGGAGAGAAACCCUAUGAAUGCAAUCACUGUGGUAAAGCCUUUGCAGAUCAUAGUCACCUUCAAAGGCAUGAAAGAACACACACUGGAGAGAAACCCUAUGAAUGCAAUCACUGUGGUAAAGCCUUUGCAGAUCAUAGUCAUCUUCAAAGGCAUGAAAGAACACAUACUGGAGAGAAACCCUAUGAAUGCAAUCACUGUGGUAAAGCCUUUGCAGAUCACAGUCAUCUUCAAAGGCAUGAAAGAACACAUACUGGAGAGAAACCCUAUGAAUGCAAUCACUGUGGUAAAGCCUUUGCAGCUUACAGUCACCUUCAAAGGCAUGAAAGAACACAUACUGGAGAGAAACCCUAUGAAUGCAAUCACUGUGGUAAAGCCUUUGCAGAUCACAGUCACCUUCAAAGGCAUGAAAUAACACACACUGGAGAGAAACCCUAUGAAUGUAAACAGUGUGAUAAAUCCUUUGCACAUAACAGAUAUCUUCAAAGGCAUAAAAGAAUACAUACUGGAGAGAAACCCUAUGAAUGCAAUCACUGUGGUAAAGCCUUUGCAGAUCAUAGUCACCUUCAAAGGCAUGAAAGAACACACACUGGAGAGAAACCCUAUGAAUGCAAUCACUGUGGUAAAGCCUUUGCAGCUUACAGUCACCUUCAAAAGCAUGAAAGAACACAUACUGGAGAGAAAUCCUAUGAAUGUAAUCUGUGUGGUAAAGCCUUUGUAGAUCACACCUUUGCAUAUCACAGUUAUCUUCAAAUACAUAAAAGAAGACAUACAGGAGAGAAACCCUAUAAAUGUAACCAAUGUGUUAAAGCCUUUGCACAACACAGGGAGUUCCUCAGGCAGGUGGUUCUUGUUCGCUGCCUCAGUCAACUCUUUAGAUGCCAGGGCAGCUGGACUCUGUUCUGGUUGGUCCCCAGCCAGGUAGUUUUCUCGUACCUAAAAGGCUCUAAGCUUCUCCCUAAGGAGACUCGAUCCACAUGGCUUUCUUCUAAGUACUUAAACAACAACAGACCAACCCAUUAA